AUGCAAAUUUUAAAUGAUCAGUCUUAUUAUCAAAAUGCUUUGUUUCUAACACAACGUAGUAAGACAUACUUUUAUGUUAGUGGUCGUUUCUUAAACCAAUCUGAAGUGAGCUUUUUACAAGAAACAAGAAUAAAUAUAUUGUAUCUUUGGGAGAAUCUAAAUGAUAUAAGAAUAAAUCCUCGAUUUCCAUGUCCAUGUACACUUCGCCAAGCACAAAUCGAUACUCGUUUUGGUCGUUUGUUCAGCGAAACUCAAUAUGAAUUAUCUCAAAAUAUUGUUUGUUAUGCACCCAGGACUACAAGUUGGAUAAAUAUAGAUGAUUCUAGUGAUCAAUGUUGUUCACCUUCGUAUAUAACUGGACGUCCAGAUUGGGGAACAUGUCAUUUCUAUUUUCAACUUCAUCCACCCAGCAGUUGUACAGGAUAUCGACCUCCAGCUAUAGUCCCUGGUGUUGGUGAUCCUCAUGUUAAUACAAUUGAUGAUGGUCGAUAUACAUGUCACAUACAAGGUCUUUUUGUUUUUGCUCAAACGGCGCUUGAAGCUAGUGUAACUGCACAAAGUAAUUUAAAUAACAAUGCAUCCAAUAUUGAUCUUAUAUAUCCUGAUGAUUUAUUUCAAAUUCAUGUUUGUUCUGCAUUCGUACCACCAGCGUUGUCUUAUAUUGAACGAACACAUGGUUACG